AUGGUAUUGAAGGCGUGGAGUGCAGAACACCUUCCAUUGUCCACCAGCAGUAAUGAGGCUUGUAAACUAUAUGAUGCCAUACUCACUCAGUAUGUGAAAUGGCGGAAUGAUGAAACCUUGGGGGGAGUUGAAGGAUGCAUUUCUGCUAUCCAGGCAGCCGACCCCAACUUUGUUAUGAGCCAUGUGAUCAGCACAGGGCUGGAGCUGGUUUCAACAUCAAGCUCCACCCGUCUGAAUGAACGUCUGGCCAGCGCUGUGAGGCGAACAGUGGAGCUGGCCAACAGCCAGGAUAUCUCUCCCAGAGAGAGGCUCCAUGUCAAGGCUAUGGAGCUCUUUUCACGUGGACAUUUUCCCAAGGCCUGCGAUGUAUGGGAAGACAUUCUGGUUGAUCACCCAACUGACUUGCUGGCUCUUAAGUUUGCAAAUGAUGCUUACUUCUACAUGGGAGCCCAAAUCCAGAUGAGGGACUCUGUGGCCAGAGUGCUGCCCCACUGGAAACCACAUAUGCCUUUGUUCAGCUAUCUGAAAGGACUGUAUUCCUUUGGUCUCCUGGAAACUCGUCUCUAUGACCAGGCUGAGAAAGUUGCCAUGGAGGGACUCGCUCUCACUCCAGAUGACGCUUGGGCUGUUCACUCUGUGGCCCAUGUUUAUGAGAUGAAAGCAGAGGUGGACAAAGGCUUGAAGUUCAUGGAGAGUAGAGAGAAAGACUGGCAGGUAUCUGACAUGCUGGCCAGUCAUAACUAUUGGCAUUGGGCUCUAUGCUUCAUUGAGAAGGGGCAAUAUGAAGCUGCUCUGGAAAUAUUCGAUUCUCAGGUAUUCAGAUGUUGUAAAGCAACAGGAUCCAUGUUGGACACUGUAGAUGCCUGUUCUCUGCUCUGCAGACUGGAAAUGGAGGGUGUGUGCGUGAAGGACCGCUGGCUAGAGCUGCUCCAGGUAACGCAGCCUCACACCGAUGAUCACGUGACCUUGUUUAACGACCUCCACUUCCUCAUGGUGUCGCUGGGAGCCAAAGAGAGCGGGACUUCUCAGCGCCUGUUGGAGGGCCUCCAGGAGUUGGCUAAAGAGCCAGGGGACAAUCUGACUCAUCAGCUGGCAGGGACUAUAGGUGUACCAAUUUGUCAGGCCAUGAUGGAGUACGACCAGGGCAACUACAAUCGAACCGUUGACCUGCUUUUACCUUUACGCUACCGCGUGGUAAAUGUGGGCGGCAGUGAUGCACAGAGGGACGUCUUCAAUCAACUGCUUAUUCAUGCAGCCAUGAAAUCGGAGAAUAAGCACCAUCAGAAACUGGGAAGAUGUCUUCUGGUGGAGCGCGAUGCCAUGAAGCCCAACUCCCCUCUGACGGAUCGUCUGAUGCAGAGAGCCCUGGCUCUUCACAACUAGACUGAUUUGCAAGGUGCGCAGAACAGUUCCCGGCAUGCAAAAAAAAAAUUAAGCCACCAUCAUACCUGAAACUUUAUAUAAAUCUCUCUUUUAAAUGCAGAGCUUAAAGCCAUUUUAGAUUGCAGACACAUUCUGCAAGAUUAUGAGCUAAUAUUAAACUCGGGUUGCAAAUGUGCAUGUUAAAUAGCCUUAAGUCAUCUGAUUAUUAUAGCUACUACAUGUGACCUCUAAUUAAUACAGAGCAGUGUGACUUUUCUUUCUAUUGAAAUUUUAUUAGCAAACAUCACAUUUAAAUAUAAAUACUUUUCAGAAAUGUAAUCCUCAUGUCAAGAUCAAUACAAAAACCAUGUUCCAAACCAAUAAAUAUACACUUUGCAUCUGA